AUGUCUUCUACCAAGGACGAGAACGACCUGAACAAGGACCCCGCCUGGUUCCUCAUCAACCUGAUCAUGCACACCGAGGCGAAGAAGCUGGAAAAGAUCGAUUGGAAUGGCUUCAUCGAGGAGAUGGGCAUCAAGAGCAAAGGAGCCGCUGUGAAGCGGUACGAGCGCAUCAUGGCUUCCUAUGGCUUGAACACCACCUACCUCCCUAAGCCCGGUACUCAAACCGCGUGUUCUGCCCAGGCUGAGAGCUCUGCUGCAGGGCCAGGCAGCUCCCCGCCGAGACGCAAGGCUCUCAAGCGCAAACAUGCUGAGGUCGAGGAGAGUGAGGGGGUUCCGGAUUCCAAGGACAAUGAGUAG